AUGUUAUCCUUCAACUCGACAGAAAAGCUCAAGGAGCUUCAUAUCACAGACAACUCCGUCAACUCGAGUCCCUAUCUCUCUCCGCAAGAUGAUAAGUCACCCGCAACGCGAAAUUUGGAUACCGUCAAACUCGAAAGCCAAGCACCACCACCGCAAUACCACGUCUUUAAUCGAUCGCGCAAGCUGGAGAUAGUCUGCGUUGUCUCGCUCGCCGCUAUUUUCUCACCACUGUCUUCGAAUAUAUAUUUUCCUGCAUUGGGUACAAUAUCGAAGCAACUCGGCGUCUCCAUGUCCUUAACGACCCUGACCGUUACGGUGUAUAUGAUAGCUCAAGGUCUUGCCCCAAGUUUUUGGGGUGCUAUUUCGGAUGUGACUGGCCGCCGUGUGGUCUUUAUUGGAACAUUUAUUGUUUAUAUUAUAGCCAACAUUGCGCUGGCUGUGUCUCAGAACUAUGGCGAGCUGAUGGCCUUUCGCGCCUUGCAAGCCGUCGGCAGCUCAGCAACUAUCUCGAUUGGGGCUGGCGUUAUUGGUGAUAUUACUACCUCGGCGGAGAGAGGUAGCCUUGUUGGAAUUUUUGGUGGAGUCCGUAUGUUGGGCCAGGGAGUCGGCCCUGUUUUCGGUGGUAUCUUGUCGCAGUAUCUGGGUUUCCGGUCAAUUUUCUGGUUUCUGGUGAUUUUAUCUGGAUUAAGUCUCCUCUCCAUUGUAUCCUUUCUUCCUGAAACCCUUCGCACCAUCGCCGGCAACGGCACCGUCCCUCUCCGUGGCCUCCAUAAGCCGUUGAUCUACUACAUUACCGGGCAAAGGGAAACCCAGGAAAAUGCAGUCCCACCUAGAAAGAAAGCUAAGGUGAAUUGCAGAACAGUUCUAGCCCCUUUCACCUUCUUGGGCGAAAAGGACGUUUUCAUUACCCUGUUCUUUGGUAGCAUCGUGUACACUGUGUGGUCCAUGGUUACCUCCUCGACAUCGGAUCUCUUCGAGUCUACGUAUGAAAUGGCUACAAUGGAGGUUGGACUCACUUUCCUGGGAAAUGGCUUUGGAUGUAUGUCCGGCUCAUACACCAUUGGCUACCUCAUGGAUUACAACCACAAGCGGACAGAGCGCGAAUACUGCCGCAAACAAAAUCUCCCAAUCGAUACUUGCAUUACUUCCAAGGCACACCCCGGCUUCCCUAUCGAAUAUGCACGCAUGCGCAACACUUGGUGGAUUACUGCGCUGUUUAUAGUUUCUGUUGCUCUCUACGGAGUCUCGUUGCGAACGCAUGUUGCCGUUCCCAUCAUCUUGCAGUAUAUUAUUGCCUACUGCGCCACUGCCAUAUUCACCAUCAACAGCGCUCUAAUCAUUGACCUCUAUCCAGGGGCCAGUGCCAGUGCGACCGCCGUCAACAAUCUGAUACGAUGCGAAGUCGGUGCUGCAGGUGUUGCGGCGGUUCAGCCCAUCAUCAACGCCCUCACCCCAACGUGGACAUUCGUCCUGCUCGCUGGUAUCACGCUUAGCACUUCCCCACUGUUGAUGAUCGAGAUGCGACGGGGGGCCAGGUGGCGGCUGGAACGCCUGGAGCGACUGAAGAACAAAGAAGGAACUGCAUAA